GUGAGAUCAGGUGGCGACGACCGGCAGGUGACGGAGCACAUGCCACGUGUUAACAUAUGUGAAACGGUGAAUUACAAUGUAGUACAGGUACUCGGGCGGACGGACCAAGAAGAGGAUGAACACCGCUCGAAGCAAAAUGCAACAGACAUUGGACACACAAAAAGCAGACAAGAGUUCUCAUUGCAUUUAUCCUCCCCUGCAGUCGGUUACCACCAGAAUCUUCCAGAUGUAGAUUUCCCUCUCGAUAAGCAAGGAUGCCAUGUGUAACUUUUCAUCUGGAUAUCAGGGAACUGGAGUAUGCUAACGGUACAUAAGGAAGUUUUUGAUGGAAUAUGAAAUUUAUAGGUGACCAAAAAUCAGAUAGACGUUAGAGUUUCCAAGGGUCAAACCUACGCCACGAUGGAAUCCGAAGGUGAAACCGCAAAAGACUACGUUCUUCGGCCCAGCGUAGUUGGAAGGGAGAAUCGAGCCAGUAGUAGUAAAAAGCACAAACACCAUCACAAAGGGAAGAGAACGUCUCAUAAGCCGCUUUCCCGCAAGUACGACGAGUGGGACCGCCUGUUCCAGCAAUUCGACAAAAGGGCCAUGGAGGGCCGAACCGUGUUCAAAUUCAUGAGGCGCGACGACCAGGAGAAUUGUAUCAAGCAGAUGAAGAAACUGGAAGCGCGAAGAAGAAGGGCGAGAUCUAAAAGGGCCUCGUCGAAAUAUCCGUCACCUGAAGGUGGAAAGAAUAAGGCCACAUCCAUCGACCAGGAUUUCCUCAUAUCUGACAAUACCCACCUGAAACUCAAUAAAGUACAUCGAAAAACGUAAAUCCGA